GAAGUGCAUGCUCCAACAGCAAUCUAACAAACACACAUUUAUCCAAGUCUCAACAAAUAACGAAAAUGUCGCCAAAAACCGCCACUAUCUCCCUCGCUCUCCUCACACUUACUCUUACUCUAACACUGUCCUCCGCCCACACCAAAUGCCCUGCUUCUUCAAUCACCGAAAUCCUGAAACAUUAUGAUUUACCACCCUCGAUUUUCCCUAGUAAUGUGCAGAGCUUCAGCUGCGAUCUUAUCAGCAAAAACUCCAUCAGGUUAUCAAUUUCCUUGACGGGUGAUUGUGUGGUGACUAGAGAACUGAUUGGAGUAAAAAAUGUUGUGAUGUGCAAACAAGAGAUUUCGGCGACCUUAUCUUAUAGGGAACUCGCCGACGUUGAGGGAGUCACUGUCGAUCUCUCGGGUAAUAUCCCACCCUGGACCCCUAAAGGGCUCAUGACCAUAACCGGUGGCAAAGUUUACGAUUUCGUUGUCUUUAAACUUUUUCAGUUUACUUCUGACAGAGGUGACAGUCCACCCUUCCCCUUCAUUGCAUUCCCUAAUGAAGCCCCCAAUUGUGAUCCCAAACCUGCUUUUGUUCUCUCUGCCCGCCUACUGCCUUUUAAUCCUCUUCUUGUUGCUUAAAUAAGUUCAUGCUUCCACUCGCGCACAGUCUUGCACUUCACUUAGCUUGCUGAUGCCACAUAUAUGCGAUUGCGAGUUAUUUAUCUAUCCAUCGUUUCUAUUUUCUCAUAUAAUGUAUAAUUAUAUCCUUUAAGCCUCUACUUUUGUUUCUUUGAAUAAAUCUGCUUAUAUGUAAGCAGCCCAUCAGUGUAAUAUACGUUGUACUUUGGUCAUGUCAUUAUUCAAUAUUAAUUUACUUUUGUUUCUUC